ACGUCAGCAAGCGAUAGGAAGACGCACAAACCGUGCACCAGCCAUUUUUUGAACUGUUUCAUCUAAAAUGCUGUGGAAAAAGCGAAAAGUUCUAUAUUUUGCUGGGAUUUCUGUAUUUAUACUUAUUUUAUUGUUACUAAAGUUGAAUUCAAAGCCAAAAGCAAAUGUAUGGCCAACUUCUAGUAAAAUUGUAAUUUAUAAUCGAAUACCCAAAACUGGCUCAACAACGUUCACAAAUGCAAUUGCGUAUGAUUUAUACAAAGAAAAUGGAUUUAGUGUACUACACGUGAAUAUGACAAAAAAUCGACAGGUAAUGAGCCUUCCUGAUCAAUACACCUUUGUAAAUAAUAUUACAACAUGGACGGAGCGGCUGCCGGCAUUCUAUCAUGGACACGUUGCAUUUAUCGAUUUUCAACGAUUCGGUAUUGCCAAUCCCAUAUACAUCAACAUUAUUCGUGAGCCAUUAGAACGUCUACUUUCCCAUUACUAUUUCCUUCGAUACGGUGACAACUACAGAAUUGGCUUGAAGAGAAGUCGUGCAGGAAACAAUGAGACAUUCGACGAAUGCUAUUCUCGAGGUGGUAAAGACUGCGACAUGAAACAAAUGUGGAUCCAGAUUCCGUAUUUUUGCGGACACUAUCAUUUUUGCACAGAAGUCGGGAAUCCCGAAGCAUUAAGAGUUGCAAAGCAAAAUGUGCUGGAAAAGUAUUUGUUAGUUGGGACAACAUCAAGAAUGCGUGAUAUGAUAGCACUUCUGGAAGUAACGGUCCCCGACUUUUUCAAAGGUGCUCUAGGACAUUUUGAUAGUCUUGAUGCCAACAGAGCCCACUUACGAUACACAAAGAAAAAGAUCCCACCAAACGAUCAGACUCUUUCGAUGAUCCGUCGUGAUGAAGUUUAUAAAAUGGAACGAGAAUUUUAUGAUUUUAUCAACAAUUUAUUCGACGCGGUUUUCAAAAAAGCCACAAAUGGAAUCUCAAAAGCAGACGAUCUUGUCAAGCUUCCGCUCCAAUACCACUUUGAGAAAAUUAAACCAUCAUAAUUCCUUCCUCUAUUCACUUUCCUCAAUUAAAAAUCUUAAACUCGCUUAGCUUUUCGUGUAACUUGCAUCUAUAUCAGAUUUUAUUAAUUGUUUUAUUCCCAUAUGUAAUUAUUUCUUCUCUGAAAAAACUACGCUUGUACUUUUUUUUUCUGGUGCUUUUCCCCAUCUCUCAUCAUUGCGUUGUGUGCUUCUUUUUCAUCUUCAUCUUCAAUUUUUCUUCAAUUUUUCCAACAAUCCCAAAACAAAACCAAACGGGUCGAGCGAUCUAUUGCAGCAAUUCACUAUGCCAUCUGGUUAGUUUUUACGUAUAAUAAAUGUUGUGUAUGAUUUGAAUAAAAAUAAGUUUGUGUACA